UUGUACUAGACUUACUAGUCAGUAGUCAUUAGAAAGGCAAAAAUAUACAGGCGGACUUUUCUAAACCCAACACCUCUUUCUCUGUCUAUCUCCAAAACCUUAGACGGCAAGCGACAGCUCUCGCUGCUGCAUCUCAGCUGUAGCUUCAUUUAUUUAGUGUCCGAAAGCAAGUUCAUGGCAGCAAGACUACAGCAAUUGCAAGGCAAGGCUUGCGAAGCCACAAAAUAUGUGGCCAAGCAUGGAACUGCCUACUACAAGCAGUUGAUGGAGCAGAAUAAGCAAUAUGUUAGAGAGCCACCCACUGUGGAAACAUGCAAUGAAUUAGCCAAGAAGCUGUUUUACACUCGUCUCGCGAGUAUCCCGAGCCGUACAGAGACUUUCUGGAAGGAAAUUGAUUACAUGAAAAAUAUGUGGAAGCACAGGCACGAGCUCAAGGUCGAAGAUGCUGGCAUUGCUGCUUUAUUCGGGCUCGAGUGCUUUGCAUGGUUUUGUGCUGGUGAGAUUAUUGGGAGGGGCUUUACGUUUACCGUUUUUGUCUUAUACUGCAACGAAUGGCUGUACGGUAAAAGUUGUGGAGUUGAUAUCUUGAUUGCCGAUAGACUUGUCCCGGCUUAUAUUACCUGUGAAAAUUUGAUAAUAAACGAGCUUCUAAUGGCAGCAAGAAUACAGCAAUUGCAAAGCAAGGCUUGCGAAGCCACAAAAUAUGUGGCCAAGCAUGGAACUGCUUUCUACAGGCAGGUGAUGGAGGAGAAUAAGCAAUAUGUUAAAGAACCACCCACUGUGGAAACUUGCAAUGAAUUAGCCAAGCAGCUGCUUUACACUCGUCUUGCCAGUAUUCCAGGCCGUACAGAGAGAUUCUGGAAGGAAAUCGAUUUCGUGAAGAAUAUGUGGAAGCAUAGGUCUGAGCUCAAGGUCGAGGAUGCAUGCGUUGCUGCUUUAUUUGGGCUCGAGUGCUUUGCGUGGUUUUGUGCCGAGAGCAGCGGGCGGUUGCAACUCCGGGCAUCAGUGAUGGCGGCGGCGGAUUACUUGUGCGGGGCGCCCAGUCCUCGAACUCCCAUCGCUUGUGGAUCUUGCACCGGCGACGGGCACAUCUCGCAG